AGGCAUGCCCAGUGAGCCGCGGAGCCCGCUCUGCUGCGCUCGGGCUUAGCGAGGCUGGAGCACAAAGAGCGCUUGUUGCCCCGCUCCCCGGGAGUCUCCCGGCUCCGGCACUGGCUGGGGAGGGCUGGUUACCAUGGAGGCUGCCAUCUGUUCGCUCCCUGCUGGAAUGUGAUUAUCCUCGCUGCGUUGGGAACCAGCAAAAGCAGGGGAGCGUGUGCUGCCGGCAAUUAUCUGCAAUGGAGUGCGUUAAUGGAAGGCUGGAAUUAGCUAGCUGGAGGAGAGCAUAAAAGGAUUUUUACCAAAAACUGUUCAUGGUUUCUAGCCGAGAGGAGCGAGCUUUUUGCAAGGCAGCAGCAUCUGUCCAAAGCCCUUGAUACUGUCCAGAGCUUGUGCAGCGGGUGCCACAGCCAGGCUUGUGGAGCAGAAUGUACGCUACGACGCGGCUCAGGGAAUAAAUGGAAGUGUGCCACUCAGACAGUCCCCACGCGCAGCUGCAAGUCCAAAGCCACAAGUGCCUCCAAAGCCAAUUCAUCUGCAGAAGGCAACAUACCAAACCCCUAGGCAUAAAGCUUUAACAAACCAGAAACCAAGAAUGGAGGAAGAGACACCUGCUGCUGUUUCUAGUGUCACAAAGGAAAAGUCCAGUAAAGUGUCAGAUCUCAUCAACCGGUUUGAAGGAGGCAGCUCACUGAACCCUAGCGACUUCAAGAAAGACCCCUCCGUUCUCCACAUCACUAAAUCUCAAGGAAGAUAUGGGUCCACUCCAUCACCUCAGCCAAAACUCCCCUCCCAGCACUCACUACAGACACAGGGAACCAGUAACACUGACAGAACUCAGGUUGCACAGCUGCCCACGGCCAACGGCGUGGCGGAGCAGGAGGAAGAGGAGCGGCGAUCGCCGGAGCGCGGCUCGGCCGCGUCCACCCCGCUCCCGGACGGGGCCACGGACGGCAGCUUGACCAACGGGGAAGGAGAGAGCGCUCACACAGAGCCCCUGCCAGGUGUGGCUGCCUGCGAGGAGCAGGUGUUCAACAGCUGCCACAGGACUGCCAGUAGUGAUGCGCUGCUCCCACCCGAAAGCGAAUCUCUAGGAAUUGAUGCUCAUGUCAAGGAGGAGCCGGCUGAGGAAAGCAGUAAACAAGAUCAACCUGUAGAAAUAAAGGAGACAGAGGAGCAGAAACGUCACAAAAUUGCCAAUGAGCUUCUGCAAACAGAAAAGGCCUACGUUAGCCGACUGGACCUCCUAGAUGGGGUAUUCUAUUCCAGACUCCUUGAGGAAGCCAACAGAGGUUCAUUUCCACCUGAAGUGAUUAAUAAAAUCUUUUCCAACAUUUCAUCGAUAAAUGCCUUCCACAGUAAAUUCUUACUUCCGGAACUUGAAAAAAGGAUGCAGGAAUGGACCACCACCCCUAGGAUUGGAGACAUUCUGCAGAAGCUGGCUCCUUUCCUCAAGAUGUACGGCGAGUACGUGAAGAAUUUUGACAACGCGAUGGAACUGGUGAAAACGUGGACUGAACGGUCACCUCAGUUCAAAUUCAUUAUCCAAGACAUUCAGAAGGAAAAAGUGUGUGGAAAUUUGACAUUGCAACAUCACAUGCUAGAACCAGUCCAACGCAUUCCACGCUACGAGAUGCUUCUAAAGGACUACCUAAGGAAAUUGCCUCAGGAUUCCCUAGACUGGAAAGAUGCUGAAAAAUCCCUGGAAAUUAUAUCCACUGCAGCAAGUCACUCAAAUAGUGCAAUAAGAAAGAUGGAGAAUCUAAAGAAGUUGCUGGAGAUCUAUGAGAUGCUGGGAGAGGAGGAAGACAUCGUGAACCCUUCAAAUGAGCUGAUCAAAGAAGGGCAGAUCCUUAAGCUGGCUGCUCGCAACACGUCUGCCCAGGAGCGCUACCUUUUCCUGUUUAACAAUAUGUUGCUCUACUGCGUCCCCAAAUUCAGCCUGGUAGGAUCCAAGUUCUCGGUUCGAACCAGAGUUGGCAUAGAUGGCAUGAAGAUUAUAGAAACCCAUAAUGAAGAAUAUCCACACACUUUCCAAGUGUCUGGAAAAGAGAGGACACUGGAGUUGCAGGCCAGUUCUGAACAGGAUAAAGAAGAAUGGAUAAAGGCACUUCAGAGUACUAUUGAAGCUUUUCAGCAGAGGAAUGAAACUUUCAGAAAUGCUAUUGCUAAAGAAUAUGAAGACAUGCCUGUUGAAGUCUCUAAUGCUGAGCUUGGGAAGAGGGCGCCGCGGUGGAUCAGGGACAACGAGGUCACCAUGUGCAUGAAGUGCAAGGAGCCCUUCAACGCGCUGACGCGGAGGAGGCACCACUGCCGAGCGUGUGGACAUGUGGUUUGCUGGAAAUGUUCUGACUACAAAGCACAUCUCGAAUAUGAUGGCAAUAAAUUGAACAAAGUCUGUAAAGAUUGCUAUCAUGUUAUAAUUGGUUGUACAGACAGUGAAGAAAAGAAGAGGAAGGGCAUCUUGGAGAUUGAAUCUGCAGAAGUCUCUGGAAACAGUGUCAUAUGUAGCUUUCUUCAGUACAUGGAGAAGUCCAAGCCCUGGCAGAAGGCAUGGUGUGUGAUACCCAAACAGGAGGCUCUUGUGCUCUACAUGUACGGUGCUCCACAGGAUGUGAAAGCUCUGGCUACAAUUCCUCUUCUGGGCUACACAGUGGAUGACACUCCAAAAAGUGCUGACCUCCCCCACAGCUUCAAACUGACCCAGUCCAAGUCUGUGCACAGCUUUGCUGCAGACAAUGAGGAACUGAAACAGAAGUGGCUCAAAGUUAUCCAUUUAGCUGUCAAAGGUGAGACACCAGAAUGUCAAAAUGAACUGCAAGUGAAUUUAGAAGAGCAGCCUGAAUCUUCUAAAAGAUCUGAAUGCUGAAGCACAGGAACACAUGGCAUUUUUUAAAAAAUUUUAGUUGAAAUUGUGGUUAACCUUUGUGUUAACCUUUCUCUGUUCAAUCAAGGAAAGAAAAAAAGAAAAAAAAAAGAAAAAGAAAGUUCUUACUACCAUACACAU